AUGACCUCGUCCCAUACCCACGACGACAUCGUCUUUCUUUCUGCUGAAGCGACCUCGGACGCCAUCCGCAGCGGGGAUUUCACCGCCACCGAUGCGGUCAACGCCUACCUGCGCCGCAUCGAUGCCAUUGAUGGCGAGAUCAAGUCCUACAUCACCGUGUGCCGUGAGGAGGCUCUGGGCGCCGCCGCGGACGUUGAUGAAGCGUUGCGUCGCGGUGAUGAUUCUGCCACGAAUGGCGCCCUGUUCGGUGUCCCCAUGGCCAUCAAGGACCAGUUCAACACUGAGGGCAUCCUAACCAGCAACGGCUCCCGUGCCUACGCGGACCAUGUGCCGGCCGAGGACGCCACGGUUGUCAGCCGUCUCAAGUCCGCCGGGGCCAUCCUGCUCGGCAAGCUCAACCUCAGCGAGCUGGCCAUGGGCGGAACCGCCGAUCCCCCGUACGGUACCCCCCACAAUCCCUGGCGUCGCGGACACACCCCCGGUGAGUCGAGCAGCGGGUCGGGAGCCGCGUUGGCGGCUCAUCUCUGUGCCGCGUCAGUCGGGGAGGAUACCGGCGGCAGUGGGCGCGGACCGGCUUCGUACUGCAACGCCGUCGGACUUCGCCCGACGUUCACGCGCAUCAGCCGUCACGGCAUCACCCCCAUGUGCUGGUUCAUGGAUGCUGCAUCGCCCAUGACCAAGACCGUGGAGGAUUGCGCGCGGGUUCUGGGGACGGUCUCUGGCUACGAUCCUAUGGAUCCCACCACCAGUCGGCGACCGGUUCCCGACUAUCGCGGCAUGCUCGAUGGCGACAUACGUGGCAUGAAGAUUGGUCGCAUGACCGAGUUGUGCGACGCGCCCGACAUGCACCCGGACGUGCGGCGCGCCACGGAUGCCGUCCUGGAAACCCUCGCCGGUUUGGGAGCGGAAAUCACCGAGGUUUCCCUUCCGCUCACGGAAAUCGCUGGAGCGAUCUUCGUGGGCAUCGCCGACACCGAGGGCGCCGGCGCCCGCGAUGGGCUGAUGCGGCGAGCCCCCGAACUAUUGGACCGGGCUUCGCGCACGCGCCUUCAAAGCGCCUCCCUGGUGCCGGCCAAGGUUCAGAAUAGGGCUAUGAAGGCUCGAGUCCUGCUCCGGCUCCAGUUCGAGGAAGCCUUUCGGGAGGUCGACCUGCUCGUGUCCCCCACGGCUCCAUAUCCGGCGCCCCGGCACGAUGCCCUGACCGCUCCGUUCGAGUCGGCCGAUGAUGUGCGGCAACGGUUCUUCUUCCGCCGUUCGUACACCGGUUGCUAUCCGCUGGCCGGAAUGCCGGCCGUGUCUAUCCCCGGAGGCUUCACGGAAGACGGCCUCCCCAUCGGCGUUCAGGUUGGCGGAGCGCCCUUCGCCGAGGGGACCAUCCUGCGGGCCGCCUACGCCUAUCAGGAGGCCACUGACUGGCACACUCAGCGCGCUCCGGUCUAG